GACACACCUGUCGCGGUUACAACAUUUAAAGACAUCUGCUCAAAGAAAUCUAGAGGCAUCGUUAUUGACCACGAAGGAAGCACAUUGAAUAUUGCUAAACUUUUAGCACGUAACUUUGCGUGUACCGCUGGGAUUUAUGAUAAACGCGUGUGUCUACGAGGAUUUCGCGAGUAUGACAUCAAAUCAUUCAAGUGUGAUGUUCAUUGGAUCACGGCGUUUCCUAAGUUAUGUUUUAUUCAUUCAAUGUUGCAAAAUAACAAAGAAAAAAGAUGGACAAGAACUAAUCACACUUGUACGACAAACAGACUGAUACGUCACAGAAAAGCAGCGACACAGAAAAGCAGCUUGUUUAUGGAAGAUGACUCUUCCGUAACAGACAUCGGUGAGUGUGGAAAUUUGUGGUAAAAUGAAUAUAACUGAAAACGCUAUUUCCGAAAUUUCAAGCCACUCUUGAAGACCAGUACAGUCAAACCGACUUAAUAUUUGGAAACCGACUUAAUAGGCACCUUAAGCAAACAGGACGGCAACGCGACGACGACGGCUACUCACACAAUGAUAUUCCUGAUCUCGUACAAAAGAAAUAAAUAAUUAAAAGCCCCACGGGAGUUAGAGACGUUGUGUUAGGGCUUGGGGGCACUGAGGGGUUAUAUAGUUAUAAAAAGGUCCUGGGUUUAUCCUUUUAUUUAUUUUCUCAGACGAGGAAGACGCGGAAGAGGAUGAUGAAUCUGGCGCACCGAAAAUCGUUUUCGUUCUACUUGCUGUUUCGGGGGCGUUCCUUUUCCUGGCCGUGCUCGUUGGAAUCUGUUUGUGGUGGAUUAAUCGCAGAAAUAAAACUAAGAAGUUGACGAAAGAUCGUGUCAGCGUGAAUUAUAAAUACGACCCAAUGAAACGCACUGACAGACAAAGUAUUAUUACAGAUCCGACAGUUACAAAUGAUCUGGAAUGACAGUUUCAGGUAAUGUUGUUGUUAUCAGUAAAACUUGUACAUUAUCAGAUUUGUUACAAGGUUGUUCUAACAAGUCGGAUACAGUCAAGGCAUGAUAUACUAAACAAUUAAGAAAUAAGAAUGUUACAAGUUUGACGACACAAGGUUGUAACAAUAUUGCUAUAUGCCUAUAUCAUAUUCAUGACUGUAUCGGACUUGUUGGAACAACCUUGCAAAAUACAAGCCGUCUGAUAUAGUCAUGAUAUAACAAGAAGGUUAAGUUUGACGACGCAAGGUUAUAACAAUAUUACUAUAUCAUGACUGUAACUGUAUCAAGAGGGUUGUUACAAGUUGUUUACAGCUUGUUCUAUACUUGUUGACAACUUGUGACAAGCAGUGCGAACACAACUUGUUGACGGCUUGUUGGCAGACUUGGUGCAAGAUGUGAGAUUUUUUCUUGUGUAUACGUUUUUGUCUCCACUUAUUUAAAUUUUUUUCCGAUGCUAAACUUCCAAAAUUACAAUGUGCCCAACGUCAUUAUUCAACAUUCAAUUUUAUUUUUAGCAAAGAUGAUUCAUAGCUCGCCCAAUACGUUUGGCUGAAGAACUUCCCAGGAAGGAAACGGAUUUAAAUAUUCUUUGCAGCGCUUCUAAUGUACACGAAUGACAAUAACUUACCGAAGCUAAAGCGAAUGUUGAAUAAAAGUUGACUGAUGCAAUGAGAAUUGAAGGACAAAGUUUUUUUUGGUUUUCGCCGGAAACCACUUAAGUGACAAGUGCUAUGCACUGUGGGUCGUUUUACUUGGCAACAACGACGACAUUUUUUCUUUGCAUUGUUUGUGGUAGUAGUCUUGCAUUUAGUGGCAAGUAGACAGUCG